GUGGGUGGUUUACUUCAGCGUAUUUAACGAUCUGUAAUUGUAAACUUCGGAUUUAUUUUCUUAAGUCAAAUAUCCAAAGAAUUUAUGAAAAUGUAUUAAUUGAUGAGUUAAGUAAACGUGUUAUCAUUAACAAUAUCUGAAAUUUGCGUAAGGCUAUUGAAACUGUAACGUUAAUCUAAUGGCCUUAGAUUUAGUUCUUAUAUGUAGUUAGGCUUAAAUGUACGAUGUUAACAAUAUAAUUACAAUCAUAUGUUUUAAACGGUCAGCCACCUUUUUGAACUGUAAUUUUAGAAAGUAUAUUUAUAUGACGUUAAAUACCAUUAGGAAUAUGGCAUAUAUCUAUAAUAGAUGAAGUUCAGUGAAAUUAUUAAAACAAAACCUGUAAUAUGUAAACAUACUUCUCUUAUGGUUUCAUUAUUAAUCCUGAAAAAAAACUGACCAACAUCAAAAUUUUAUGCUACAACUUCAAUGGAAGAAAGUAUUAUUAUACUACUACAAGUGUGUGUUGUAGCUAUAGGUAACCAUUAGCCUAGAAUAAAAUACUAGGCCUAGUACUACUAUUUAUACUACUAGUACCAGUACUACUAGUAGUAGAUAUCCUACCAUUGUGAUAAACUGCUAACUUUGACAUUGAGCUAAUGUCAAGUGAAACAUAGUUUUAUUAUUAACUUAAGAAUAGCAUUUGACCAGAUUCUACAUUGCAUGCUUGACCUUGAAAGUUGAAGAUGGCACAUCAUUUAUGUCAGGCAGGUGAAGAACGAAGGGCAGACAGGGUUAACGAGUUUCCUCACUUAUGGAAGUCUUAUUUGUACCAGCUUCAACAGCAAGCCCCAACUCCAAAACGCAUUGUUUGCUCUCGUGAGGUUCCGAACAGACCUCUUCACUAUGGUAGAGAGUUUCAUGGGAUGAUCUCCAGAGCAGAAACAGAAUGGCAGCUUCAUGAAUGCGAUGGAUGUUACUUAGUGCGGGAAAGCCAGAGGGCUCCUGGUCAAUACACCCUUAGCAUGAGAUUUAUGGCAGCAACCAAAAAUUUUCGUCUGUAUUACGAUGGAAAGCAUUAUGUGGGUGAAAAAAGAUUCGACACGGUGCAGGAUUUAGUAGCCGAUGGUCUCAUCACGCUAUAUCUUGAGUAUAAUGCUGCGGAAUACAUAUCAAUGAUGUGUGUUCAGAUAAAGUACGAAGAAAGUCCCUACAUGACGUUAAGUUCUUAUCAGCAAAAAAUGCGUCAAAUGAGGAUUCAGAAGAGGUCAAGCUUUUCAAGCCAAGAAAGCAACAGCACUCGAUCUCCACAUGAAUAUGACAGACCUGCUGAUGAUAUAGGAAUAUUUUUCCAAGAAGAUUCAGUACUGGGUGAUAUUGAUGUCCAUCGCUUUGAGAAGCCUCACAACUUCAGGACCCACAACUUUAAAGGCCUACCUUGGUGUGACCUGUGUGGAAACUUCAUGUGGGGGAUUAUUGCUCAAGGUGUUAAGUGUGAAGACUGUGGUUUUAGUGCCCAUCGAAAAUGCUCUGAAAAAAUCCCUAAUGACUGUUUACCAGACCUGAAGUACAUUAAGAGAGUGUUUGGAAUUGAUCUUACCACACUAGUCAAGGCCCACAAUACUCCUCGACCCUUUGUUGUGGACAUGUGCAUUAAAGAGAUAGAGAAUCGAGGUUUAGAAAUGGAAGGGCUCUACAGAAUUUCAGGAUUUAGUGAUGAAGUUGAAGAUGUAAGGUUAAGUUUUGAAAAAGAUGGUUUACAUGCAGAUAUUAGCCCUGGAGCUUUUGAAGAUGUUCAUGUCAUUACUGGGGUCCUGAAGCUUUUUUUCCGUCUUUUACCCAUUCCCUUGAUCACCUUUGAUACGUACCCUUUGUUUAUGAAUGGUGUUAGACAACAAACCUUGGAAGGAAGACUGGAUGGCUUAAGAGAAGCUAUUAACAAACUACCACCAGCUCACUAUCAAACCCUGAAGUACCUACUGGCAUAUUUAAACAGGGUAACUGAGAAACAGAAGCAAAACCUGAUGACACCACACAACCUUAGUACGGUGUUUUGUCCAUCUUUGAUGCGAACACCUGAUUUAAUUGCUCAGCCGGGACAACUUGCGGCCUGGCACCAAGAAAGUCUUGUCAUUGAAAUUCUUAUUUCCCACCAGAGGGUUCUCUUUGAAUAUGGUUAGGUGGAAUCUGAGUAUUCUUCCUACUUAUAGUUCUGUCUGUCUCUCUAAUGUUUCAUUCAAUUUAUCUUAACACUAUAACUUGGUUUAUUUUAAUACACAGAGCUGUAUUAAAAUACAAAAGGUCUUAUAAAAACAGACUACACCAUAUCAUAUCCAAGCUUUAAAUCAUCUACAGUUGGAGAGAGAGACAGAAGUGGUAGUUAGACAUUUGAAAUUAUGUUAAUUUCAACAAAGAUAUUGCAACUUGCAUGUGAAAGCUUGUGAGAAAGGUGUAAAUGUCAACAGAAAGACUGUAAUGUGUUUGUCUUUGUAUAAAUGUCAACAGAAAGACUGUAACGUUUUUGUCUUUGCGUAAAUGUCAACAGAAAGACUGUAACGUGUUUGUCUUUGUGUAAAU